CAUUCUGUUCCCACUUACGUGGCCGUGCACGAUAAGUCAAACCUGUCUCCCCUACAAAAUUACACAAAUUGCCACUGUUAGCUCAGCCAUGGCUGCUACUCUGUCACUCCAACCUUAUUACUCGCCUCUUCAAUUCCGUCGAUUCCGCCUAAGUAAUUUUCAUGUCAAAGUUGUUCCUAGAUUUUCCCGCCAAUUUUACUGGAAAAAAACUAGGGUUUUGACUACUUCAAGAGGAAAUGUGAAUGUUAGAGGAAGAGACGGAGUGUUUUCAGUUUCUUGUUUCUCUAAAACGAAUGCUGAGAUUGAAAAGUUUUUGUCGGAAGAUAAAGAAGAAGAGCGGCCUCCUUUUGAUAUUAAUCUUGCGGUUAUUCUCGCUGGUUUUGCCUUCGAAGCUUAUACAAGUCCUCCUGAAAACAUAGGGAGGCGUGAAAUUGAUGUUGCAGAUUGUAAGACUGUCUAUCUCUCAGAGCCGUUUGUACGAGAGAUAUAUGAUGGCCAGUUGUUUAUAAAGCUAAAAAGGGGUUUUCAUUUUCCUGCUAUGGAUCCAUGGGGAACUAGCGAUCCAUAUGUGGUAAUGCAAUUGGAUGGUCAGGUUGUCAAAAGCAAGACUAAAUGGGGGACAAAGGAGCCAACAUGGAAUGAGGACCUCACCUUUAAUAUUAAACUGCCCCCUUCAAAAUACAUUCAGGUUGCUGCUUGGGAUGCAAACCUUGUGACUCCGCACAAGCGCAUGGGGAAUGCAGGCAUCAGUCUAGAAAGCCUCUGUGAUGGAAACUUGCAUGAAGUGCCGGUGGAGUUGGAAGGAAUGGGAGGUGGCGGCAAGUUGCAGUUUGAGGUUAAGUAUAAGAGUUUUGAUGAGAUUGAGGAGGAGAAAAUGUGGUGGAAACUCCCCUUCGUUUCAGAAUUUCUUCGGAGAAAUGGAUUUGAGUCUGCUCUAAAAAUGUUUGUUGGCAGUGAGUCUGUGCCUGUAACCCAGUUUGUGGAAUAUGCCUUUGGGCGGUUAAAGUUCAUCAAUGAUGCAUAUUUUUUGAAGGAACGAUUGUUGAACGGUAAUAAGAAUGGGGUAGAAGGUGUUGGGACUUCCAUGAAUUCUGCAGUGUCAGAGAUGUCUUCACAUGUGGAAAGUAGUUCAGAGGCCUCUUUCAGUGACACGAGUACCAACAAUGGGAAUAAUUCAGAGGAGUUCCACUUGGAUAAUGCUGGCAUGGCUAAUGGGCAGAACACUAAACUAGUGGCAGAAGUUGGUAUUAUGCAGUUUGAUAAGUACUUCUGGAAGGACUUUGCAGAUGUUAUCAAUCAAAAUGUUGUUCAGAAACUUGGAGUCCCUAUUACAAAGAAACUAAAGUGGGAUGGAUUUGACUUGUUAAACAAAAUUGGCCUACAGUCCCGAAAAAUUGCAGAAGCAAAAUAUAUUGAAUCUGGGCUUGCAACUCCUGAAGAUCUGGAAAAUAAGAAUGAUAAAUUGAUCGGACAACUUAACAUUAGCACCAUACAAUCUUCACUUCCAGAGUUAAAGAAGGCAACACAGGACUUAUUAAGACAAACCGAUUCUGUUUUAGGAGCAUUAAUGGUGUUGACUGCAGCAGUUUCUCAGUCCAAAAAGGAAGGACAGGAAAAUGAAACUAAAGAAGACUCCUCUACCAAAGUGAAAAACAAUGUAAGUAGGUACAGUGGUGGUGAGAAGCUCCCUAGCACACUGGAUGGUUCGGUAUUAGAUGAGAAAAAUGCUGAAGAAAUGAAAGAACUCUUUGCAACUGCUGAAAGUGCUAUGGAAGCCUGGGCAAUGCUUGCCACUUCACUGGGCCAUCCAAGUUUUAUCAAAUCUGAAUUUGAGAAAAUAUGUUUUCUGGAUAAUGAAACCACAGAUACCCAGGUGGCAAUUUGGCGUGAUUCAGCUAGGAGGCGAUUAGUUGUUGCUUUUAGGGGAACUGAACAAGCAAAAUGGAAGGACUUACGGACGGAUUUAAUGCUUGUUCCUUCUGGGCUGAACCCUGAAAGGAUUGGUGGAGACUUCAAGCAAGAGGUCCAAGUUCAUAGUGGAUUUUUAGGUGCAUAUGAUUCCGUUAGGAUAAGGAUUAUCUCCCUCAUUAAAGCAUCAAUCGGAUAUAUAGACGAAAUUACAGAGCCAGUGCAUAGAUGGCAAGUUUAUGUGACCGGUCAUAGUUUGGGUGGUGCACUAGCUACCCUUCUUGCUCUUGAACUUUCAUCAAGUCAAUUCGCUAAGCGUGGGGUGAUUUUAGUGACUAUGUAUAACUUUGGUUCUCCUAGAGUUGGUAACAGAAGAUUUGCAGAAGUAUAUAAUGAGAAAGUUAAAGAUAGCUGGAGAAUUGUUAACCACAGAGACAUUAUACCUACGGUACCCCGUUUGAUGGGUUAUUGCCAUGUGGCUCAGCCUGUUUAUCUUGCUGCUGGAGAAUUAAGAGAUGCUGUGGAAAAUAUGGAGCUUUGGAAAGAUGGUUAUCAGGGUGAUGUGAUUGGGGAGUACACACCAGAUGUUCUUGUCACUGAAUUUAUGAAAGGAGAAAGGGAACUCAUUGAACAGAUAUUGCAAACUGAAAUCAAUAUAUUUCGUGCAAUUCGUGAUGGGAGUGCACUUAUGCAGCACAUGGAGGAUUUCUACUACAUCACACUGCUAGAGAGUGUGAGAUCUAAUUACCAAACUGUUGCAAGCUCAAGAAAAAAUGAACAAGGCAGCAUGUCAACCAGAUAAUAACAAAGAUUCUCUCAGAAUGUUGCAUAUUUAGAGCAAAGAUUCUCAGAAUGUUACAUCUGACUGCAGAGACAUGUACAGUUUUUCUCCCCCCUUCAAGUAAUUUAUCCUGUAUAGUGACUUUCAUAGGGCAAGAACAUAAGUUGUCUCAAAUGUCAAAUCUAUAUUUUCUUUUUCUUUUUCUUUUAUAUAAUUGUUGUAACUUAGAUCUGGGUAUUUUUUUUCAAUUUCUGUCUAGUGUUCUAAACUUGCAUGAAUCAUUUCCAACUAUUGUUUUAGAAUGACCUUGCUUUCUAAGCUUAUUCUAAGAAAUACUUGGGUUGAAAUUGACAGCGUUGAUAGGAAUGUAUGAAAAAAUUA